AUGACGGGAAAUCUCUCUUUGUUACACAACCUUGAGUCGAUUCUCCCUUGUUCUAUUGGGUUUGCAGACGGCGGCAAAACAGUCUCUGUUCGCAAAGGAACUCUUACUCUGUCUUCCACGCUUACAUUACCUAAUGUUUUGUUCGUGCAAGAUCUUAAUUGCACAUUGAUUUCUGUAUCCAAGUUACUCAAGCAAACCGGUGGUGUUGCUAUGUUUACUGAUACCCUUUGCGUGUUGCAGGACCGUUUUUCGAGGACUCUGAUUGGAGCCGGUGAGGAACGUGAUGGGGUUAACUAUUUCAAGGAUGUCAUGGCUGCAAGGAUUCAUAGAGCAGUUGCGGAUUCCGAUUCUUCUUUGUGGCAUCAGCGGCUGGGACAUCCGUCGUUUUCUGUGCUUUCGUCUUUACCAUUGUUUUCUGGUGUUUCGAAAUCUGCUUGCUCGGGUCCGUGUGACGUUUGUUUUCGAGCUAAGCAGACUAGAGAGGUGUUUUCAGAGAGUUUUAAUAAAACAAAGGAAUGUUUUUCCCUUAUUCAUUGUGAUGUAUGGGGUCCAUACCGUGUCCCGUCUUCUACUAGUGCUGUUUACUUUUUAACCAUUGUUGACGAUUACUCUAGAGCCGUUUGGACAUUUUUGCUUCUUGAGAAGUCUGAAAAUUUAUGUGUCUCUCUUCCUACUUUCGCGAACAAGGUAUUGUACACCAAACGUCGUGCGUUGCAACACCUCAGCAGAAUGGUCCGAGUGGAACGUAAGAACAGGCAUAUUUUGAAUGUGGCGCCCGCUCUUCUUUUCCAAGGAAAUUUACCUAUCAAGUUUUGGGGAGAGGCUGUGCUUACUGCUGCUUACCUCAUCAAUCGUACACCUUCUGCUAUCCAUCUUGGGUGUUCCCCUUAUGAGAUGUUACAUGGUCAUAAGUCGUCUUAUGAUCAGUUGCGAGUGUUCGGAAGUGAAUGUUAUACGCAUAGAGCUUCCAGAGAUAAAGACAAGUUUGGUCAGCGCAGUUGUCGUUGUGUGUUUCUCGGUUAUCUGUUUGGAAAAAAGGGGUGGAAAGUGUUUGAUAUAGAGCGCGAAGAGUUCAUUGUUUCUCGCGAUGUAGUCUUUAAGGAAUCUGUCUUUCCUUACUCUGUCGUGUCUCCUUCUCUGCCUCAGUUUUCUCCUUCAGAUUGUUUGGAUGAUGAUUGGAUCAUUUCACCGGUGCCUUUUGUAGUAAGGGGGAGUGAUUCAACGUUGGGAGAAAACAGAGAACCAAAUGCUCUGCCUGUGAUAGUGCCUACACAAGAACCUGAGUCAGUCAAUCCACAAGAACCUGAGACAGAAAAACCACAAGAACCUCUCUCAGUAACUGUCACAGACUUAGAACAAGGUUCUCGUGAUAUGCAAGGCUCUGUUUCGUCUCAACCUGUUGUUUCUAAUGCAUCGUUGGGACGAGGUCUGCAUCAGCGUUCUGCAUCAGUCAAGCUUCGCGAUUACGUUACGUACAAUGUGGUCUGCAGUCAAGACCCCCAUCACGCUCCUCCCGAUCCCUCCUCUCAUUCCUCGACGGUCCAAGGUACAUCCCUCUAUUCAUUGUCUCAUUAUAUAUCCGACGACCGUUUUUCUCCAGGCCAGCGAGCUUUCUUUGCUGCCAUCACCGCUGGAGAUGAACCUAAACAUUUCAAGGAUGCUGUUGCCAUCAAAGUUUGGAAUGACGCAAUGGGGAUAGAGGUUGAUGCGCUGGAGCAAAAACGUACUUGGGAUAUCUAUGAUCUCCCGCCUGGAAAAGAAGCUCUUGGUUGUCUUUGGGUUUACAAAACUAAGUACAAGUCGGAUGGUACGGUUGAAAGAUACAAGGUGAGGAUUUUGAUGAGACCUUUGCGCCGGUUGUGA